AUGCGGCAGCUGAUAGGGGAGGUCGGAGUUAUGUUGUUGGCUCGUGAGAAAAAUCUUGAUGGCGCAUUACAGACCCAGGCAACUUCGGCUCUUGAGCAAAUCAACCGCAUUGUGACCAAGUUCAAGCCGCUCAUGACAGGUAGGACAGUGGCCGCCGUGCUGACAAAACCUCUUAGAGUCUUUUCUCCCAGAAAUGCGUUUGCUGCACAUAACUUCAACGUCACCCAAGAAGCUCCAGUGAAGGAGGCGAUCCACCACUCCGAUUGUCUGCAAUCCGAGAAAGAAGACGUCGUUGACUGGGAUUUCUGGCUCACCCCUAAAGUUCUCAGUGGAGAAGGCCCGCCACCUUUUGGAUGA